GGACGAGGGUCAUCAGGCCCUCAGCUGGACUGGCCCGGCCGCCCCCAGGCCCUGGGCAGUGAGGGGCACCCGGCCUCCUGUCUGCUGUCCUCUCGCCCCGGACUGGCUGACUCCUGCCUGCCCAUCACCCACCUCCCUCCGCAGGGGCGCCUAGGAUCUCCUGAUGGGGCUGCUGAGCUCGGGCCUCCCCUUCCCCAUGGGCUGCCUGGUGCUCGUGUGGACGGCAGGUGCAGGGUGCGUGGAGGUCCUGGGCGAGCCCACCUGCGUCUCCGACUACCUCAACACCUCCACCUGCCACUGGGGGAUGGACCGAGCCACCAACUGCAGCGCCGAGCUCCGCCUGUCUUACUGGUCUGACUGGCAGGACUCCGAGAAGCCUGAGAACUACACGUGCGUGCCCGAGAACAGGGCCAGCGCCGAGUGCGAGUGCAUCCUGCAGAUGGAGGAGGCCAUCGUGGCCUCGGAGACCUACCUGCUGGAGCUGUGGGCCGGCAGCCGCCUGCUGCGGAACUGGUCCUUCAUCCCCUACCUGCAUGUGAAGCCCAGGGCGCCCGGCCACCUGCUGCUUCACGGCAACGUCUCCCACGCGUGGCUGCUGACGUGGAGCAACCCCUACCAGCCCGAUCACAUGCUGUACUCGGAGCUCACCUACCUGGUCAACAUCACCAACGACCAUGACCCUGCCGACACCAGGGUCUUCGACGUGAACUACAAGGACACGGCCCUGCACUUCCGGGCCAGCGCCCUGAGGCCCGGGGCCGCCUACAGCGCCCGGGUGCGAGCCCGCGCCCCCAGCUACGACAGCGCCUGGAGCGACUGGAGCGACCCCGUUUCCUGGCAGAACUACUACGAGCCCCCCUGGGAGCAGCGCCUGCAGCUGGGCGUCAGCGUCUCUUGCACCCUCAUCCUGUUCGUCUGCGUGUCCUGCUACUUCAGCAUCCUCAAGAUUAAGAAGGAAUGGUGGGACCAGAUCCCCAGCCCGGCCCGCAGCCCCCUCAUGGCCAUCGUGACCCAGGACCCCCAGGGGUCCGUGUGGGGGAAGCCGUGCCCGCGCCAGGAAGCCGCCACGCGCCCGCACUGGAAGACCUGCCUCGCCAAGCUCCUGCCCUGCUUCCUGGAGCACGGCCAGGAGGGGGACGAGGCCGCCACCAAGGGGAGCAGCAACGGGCCCGGGCGGGGCCCCGGCGGGUCGGCGUGGCAGCCCCUGGAGGCCAGCAGGACGGUGCUGUGGCCGGAGCGCAUCAGCGUGGUGCAGUGCGUGGAGCUGGCCCGGGCGGAGGAGCCGCGGGAGGAGCCGCCGGAGGACCCCCUGGAGGACCCCCUGGAGGAGGUGGAGGGGAGCAGCUCCGGAGCCUUCCUGGACAGCAGGAAGGACAUCGCCGACCGGCUGACGGAGAGUCUGUUCUUGGGCCUGCUCGGGGCCGACCCCGGGGUGCUGGCACCCCCGGAGGCACCCCCGGAGGCGUCGUGCCCGGGCGAGGGCCGGCCCUUCAGCUCCGGCUCCGGGUCCGAGCCCGCGGCGGCCGGACCAGCCUGCCCCCAGAGGCCCGCAGCCGUGUCCGACAACCCGGCCUACCGCAGCUUCCAGCAGUGCCUGCAGGACGGGGGGCGGCCCGAGGACCCCGGGGGGCCCCCACCCUCCUGCCCGCAGCCGCCGCCCCCGCCGGAGCCUGAAACCUGGCAGCAGAGUCUGCAGCGCGCGCCCCCCAGCGGCUACCGGGCGUUCCUGCAGGCGGUGGAGCAGGGCGCCGCGCAGGGCAGCGCCGUGGCCGGACCCGCGCCGGCCGGAGCCGGAGCCGCAGGCCAGGCCGGCUACCGGGCCCUCUCCAGCCUGGACCCGCGCGGGCCCCCCGGGGCGCAGGACAGCUGCAGCGGCGGGGGCUACAGGCCCUUCGCGAGCCUGGCGCCCGGCACCCGCGCGGACCCCGUCCCCCUGCUCACCUUUGGACUGGACCUGGGCCCACCCCCCGGGCCUGGGCACUCAACGCCGCUGCCCGGAGGCGGCGCCCCCCAGCCAGGAAAGGGAGCACCCCUCCCAGAGCCGGACCCGGAGCCCCUCCGGGGCGAGCUGGGCGGCGGCGUGGUCUACUCUGCGCUCACCUGCCACCUGUGUGGGCACCUGAAGCAGUGUCACGGGCAGGAGGACCGGGCCAAGGCCCCCGUGGUGGCCAGCGGCCCCUGCUGCGGCUGCUGCUGCUGCGGAGACAAGUCUUCCCCCCCAGGCAGCCCCCUGCCCCCGGAGUCCGGCCUGUCCUCAGAGGAGGGAGGGUUCCCGCAGCUCCCCACGGCCCCCACGUGCCUGAGCACGUCCUAGGGCUGAGGUCUGCAGGGGUGCUCGGGCCGGCCAGUCCUGCCUGCUCACCGCCUGGCCUGCAACUGUCCCUGCCGAGGGGGCGGGAGGCUCCCGGGCACAAGGGGCUCGUGGACAGCUGGGCCCUGCCCCGUCUCUGGCCCCACUGCAUCGCCCCCCGGGGUUCUCUCAGCUGCUGCCCACGGAGAGAUGUGAGUGUCUGAGCACCCCCGGAGUGCUUUGCCGUCACCCCACGGCACGGGACGAGGACGGAGCCCAGAGAACAAGACGCCAGAGGGAAGCCCGGGAACAGGCAGCAAGUGUGGGUGCCGGCCAGGCGGCCGUUCCCCGCCGGCCCAGGCAGGGGCUGGGGCUUCACGUGGUGGACACAGGAAGGGUCAGCCAAGUGCAGUUAACUGGGAGAGAAGGAACGACUGUGAUUUUCUUUUUCUUCUUCUUCUUUUUUUUUUUUUUUUUUGACCCUGGCUUGCACUCAGGAAUUAUUCCUGGCACUGCUCGGGGGACCCUGUGGGGUGCCGGGGAUUGAACCAGGACCAGGCAGGCGCCCUCCCCGCUGUGCUAUCCCCCCCAGCACCGAGACUGUGCUGUUCCAGCAGUGACAGUUUGCUGGCAGGUGCUCCCGUUAAGAGAGAAGCUGUUUUCAAACUGGGGAUGCCCAGGAUCAAGUUGCCCAGCGACCAGAAGGUUGGACCGUGUCCCCAUGGACCCCACUGCUGGCAGCCAGAGGAGACAGAUGGGAGUGGGGGGGGCUCGCACCCCCAGGGCCUGCCGGGCACCUUCGCUGGACAUGCUCACCGCAGCCACCACCCAGGAGCGCUGGUUUGCAUCCAGGGACUGGAUUUGGCGAGGCGGGGCUGGCGGGGACGUAUGCAAAGCCGUGGCUGCCCGCACCCACUGAUUAAACAAACACUGCGGCU